UCUUUUUUCAUCAAUAAUGUAAAGCAUGUUCUUUUGUUAUUAUCUUAAUUUUCCUUCAGGUGGACUUUGUUAUUGUCAUGCCCUUGUCACCUGCUUUAAGGCGGUCACAUGAAAUAUGUCAAAAAUAUGCUCAGUAUUUGAAUGCUUUGAUGACCAAGAGAGAUGAUUGGCCACCGAUUUUGGUUCACUCCUGCAAAUACUGAGUCCAUAUAUUUCAGGAUAUGGAACUGGGGGAAUAUUUGAACAGAGAUAGUUAACUUAAAUAGCUUUAAAUCAAUCCUUCAGAGAGCUGACUAAUGAGUUUCAGAGAAAUGAAAAAGCCACUCCCACCCAGCUGAUAUUUAAAGGGAUGCAGCAGUAAACUAAACUGAAAGUGUAUCAAGGCUGCUACAGAUCAACAUGCUGCGAAUCCUCCUCCUGACUGUCCUGCUCUUUAAAGGAUCAAUGUCACAGAUCACCAAACAUGGCAACAGAACAGCUGUCUACGGCAAGGACGCGUAUUACAGCUGCGCAGUAGACAACCUGACAGGUGUGCUUCAGGUCACCUGGCAGAGACUUUUCAAAGACUCUAUUGAGAAUUUGGCCACUUACAGCAACCGCUUUGGGCAACUAGUGAAUACACCCUACCUCGAGAAAGUGGUCUUCACAGAGGCGUCUCUAAACUCAACAUCCAUUACUGUGAAAAAUGUGACGUGGGAUGAUGACGGCUGUUAUAUUUGCUCGUUUAAUGCUUAUCCUGAUGGGUCUCAGAGGAAGCAGAUCUGUCUUACAGUGCAAGGAAUAUCAGAGGUGAAAACAGCAGUGCAUCCUCCCAGCAGUGCACAGGAGGAGCAGGAGGAAGUGGAGGUUGUGAUCAGCUGCUCUGCAACAGGUAAACCAGCUCCAACCAUUCAGUGGGCCUCCCCGCCUGAUGCUACGCGUUUAGACCAAGUAAAGACUGCUACAGUCGAAAACAGUGACCGGACAUUUACCAGCAGCAGCAACGUCACCCUGCAGGUACCGUCAGACUGGAGCGGGUAUGUGGACUGUGUGCUGAACGAAGGUGUGAGGGGACAGAGGCACGAGAGGAUCCCUCUAAUAGUUGGUGAUGGAGACGUGAAGAAGAAGGAAAAUGAAGUGAAUGGACGGUCUAAAGUAGUAGUUGCCAUCGUGGUCUUCACUACAGUGGUUUUUGUUUUAGCCAUUGUUGCUGUUGCACUGAGGCAUCAAAGGUUAAAGAACAUCAGGAGGAAUCACAGUGUCGUUUGACGAUCAUGUCUGUUUUGCAUCAUGUUAUAGUGAAUUAAGCUAAAACUUUAAGUUGUAUAUCUUUUUAGUUCGCACUGAAAAUAUCAGCAGCACUUUAUUUUGAAUCAAGAUUCCAGCACCUUGAAAAAAGGAGCUUUUUGCAGUUUAUUUAUCUCUUCACUUUGAGUUCAAGCAACAUGUGCAAUAGUUAAAGCUCCUCAGCAUACAACUCAACUCAACAAACCUGCUCGUCUUGAAAAAGAAAGUGAGCCAAGGGAAAGGAAGCAGUAUGAACGUGACAGACUGGAGCUGUAGCACCAUCUAGUGUACUCUGCAGGGAUAAGAAUCAAUCGACAGACCUCAGCUCAACAAUGAAUGUGAGACAUAUUUCAACUUUUAGGUUUUUGCACAGGAAAUUGACACUUCACUCCAUGAAGUGAUCUAAAACAUUAUAAUGUAACAUAAAUAGAGAUGUAUUUAUUUAUUGAGGACAUUGGUAAAGAUUAAUGUUUCACCUUUUUUGCACAUUUGCACUUUCAUGUUAAAUGUUUUAUGUGAUCUUUCUCUCAUACAUGGUUUCUUUAUUACUGUAUUAAUCUUACGAAUGUUGUAUUGUUUAACACACUUUGGCAAAUCAAUUGUAACAACAACAUUGAAUUGCAGUCUUUAUAUUGUUAUUGUACUAAUAAUGAAAAUAAUGUCUGAGCUAUUUAUUUAUUUGUGUUUGAAACAUUAAUGUCUCAAACAACGCUUUCAUGUCAUGACUGAGUUCACAUGUGUAGAGUUUUAUUUUUUUAAUCUUGAUUUAAUAUAAAGCACAUGCAUGAUCAUUUCUUGCAGACAAUGUGUAUUUUUUGUAUAGAUAUACCUUCAAAUGUCAGCUAUAACUCCUCAUAUGUGUUGUUCAAUUUAAUUUAUCUAUAACCUGCAUUAAUUCUAAUAGGACAGGACAACACAAACCUUCUUCUACAGAGAAAUAUAAAUAGAAUAACUUUGUGAUAGUUCAACUUUGACCUGGGACAUAGAUCUUCUGUGUUUUGGGGUCAAGCCACAACAUGUCUGCAUAAACGAAACAGAAACCAAAAUCCAUGUUCGUUUUUCAGACUGUACCAUUAAGUUUUCAGGGGUGCCAAACGCGUUACGCACAGACUUAUGCGAUGAAUGCAAGGAACUCUACAACAACUGAAAUGUAUCAAUUAUUCAUUAAAAUUGGGUAAGUUUUUACCCCAUGAUAAGGCAGUUAUUUGUCAUAGUGUUGAUUAAAACUUUUUGAAAAUGUUAAAGCAUGCCACGCAGUCUAUGGUUCCACCCAGCACGGCCCACGUGUCCUAUUUGAAUUAGAAGCGCAAAAUGC